AUGGUACAGAGUAGGGCUGGGACUCCUCUCCUCUUCUUCACAUAUGGUAAAGAUGAGGAGAAAAGAUCUUCUCUUCUUCACAGAGGCCUCUCUUCUUCUUCACAGAUGAUGAAGAAGAGGAGAGGAGAUGGUGAAGAAGAGAAAACAGAAGAAGAGAAGAAGAAGAAGAAAAAGAAGUUGAAGGAGAUGAAGAAAAAAAAGAAGAAAAAGAAGAAGAAGAAAAAGAGAAAAAAGAAGAAAAAGGAAAAGAAGAAAAAGAAGAAGAAAAAGAAGAAAAAAGAAGAAGAAGAAAAAAGAAGAAGAAAAAGCAAAAGAAGAAGAAGAAAAAAAAAGAAGAAAAAGAAGAAGAAAAAGAAAAAGAAGAAAAAGAAAAAAGAAGAAGAGAAAGAAGAAGAAGCAGAGUCCCUAUUCAUUUAG